UGUCUACGAUUAUAGCAAUUAUAACACUAGACACUCACGGAAUCUCAGUAAUAUUAUUCUUCAAAUUUCCAUCGUGAAAGGUUAGUGAGCUUCUAAAUUAAAGGAACAUUAUAAGUUUAACAAUAGACUUGUACACGACGAGAGGAUUUGGUUUGGACAAACUAUUUUUACAAAACUGAAAAAAAAAUUCAGGAUGAGUCAAUUUUGGACACAUGUCGGUUUGGCUUGGCAGAAUUUCAGCACAAAAGAUUUGAGAAAAGAAUCAGGCAAACCAAAAGGCUGUGGAAGUGGGUCAAUUAGUGUGCUGCAUAAUAUAUAAAUAAUACAAAUAUUAUGUACAUAUUUUGCAGUAUAUUUAUAGAAGCAUUUUCAUGCCAUUUGGUUCACAGGUCAAGUGACAGAAAGUGAUCAAUACAGGGAAAAAUAGAAGGAGCAGUAGAAAAUCUAUAUUUAUAUAUCAUAUUUUGUUACAUAAUGAUAUAGAUUUAUUUUUACUGCUCUUUUCUUCCCUCUAAUGGUAACUUCUCAGUGUAUCUGUGAAUAAAAUCAACAUUUAGUGACUGUCCCUGAAAUAUCAAUCAUCUUUUUUCUCAUUAAUCUCUUUUUUCCCAUUAAUCUCUUUUUUUGACGCAUUUCGUGGAAUUCAGAAUCAAGAAACAAAACAAGCAUGCUCAGCUAUUGCGUUUUUUGGUUGGUUCAUGAUUCGGCUCUGUUACGGCUUUGUUACGGCUUUGUUUAGGGAAUUCAACCGAUCACUCAAUAAGCCCAAAUUCGAAUGAAUUGCAGUUCACAAUAAAUCUUUAACAAUAUACUAUAUAUAUAUAUAGAUUUUAAAUUAGAUAUGCUUCUUUAACACUUUAGAUUUCCAUGACCCCAUUUUCAAAGCAACACUACAAGCACCCAAAUCACUUCACCGUAAUAAAAUUAUUUUUUUGCAUAGAUCCUGCCUCUUUUUAUCCAAUAAUGAAAAACAAUACAGUUUCUGAGAAAGGACAAUGUUUAUAUUUUCCAAAGUACAUAUGCCCUCAGCCUAUCAGUAAACCCUCAAUGAAAAAAGUAAAAAAGAUAAAUAUCUUUUUUUUUAUUUUGUCUUUUUCUUUUUUUUAAUCUGUAAAAUACAUUAAAAAUGUCUAGCAUGUAGUGUCCUUUUGUUGUUCUGUGGUUGCUGAUCAUUGAUCCUUUAAAAUGCAAAAUACAAUAUCACUGGAAUCUUAUUUUAUAUCACUAACAGAAUGUUAUUUGUUCAAAACCGACUAAAACUCUACUAAAAUCCACUAAAGACAAAUUAUGAAACAGCAAAUUAGAUUUGGGGGAAAACAUUCUCACUCAACUAAGUAGAAAAGUGGGAUUUUUUUUGUAGCUUGACUAUUUUAGCUGAUGUUUUGUAUAUCAAAUCGUGGUUUAUUAAAUUAACCACAAAGACUGCCACAUAUAAAUGUAAUAUUUAUAUAAUAAUUUGCUGUGAUCAGCAGUUUAUUAGGGGACCUGAACUUCUAGAUCUAUUACCAUAAUUGUGAUUUGUUAUAUCAACGUUCAGACUAUUAUACAACACAUAUUUAAGUAAGUGUUUUUAAUUUUAAUUUUAUUUUUAAGCCAACUAAUUAAUCCCAGUAAUUAAAAUCGGUACGGUUUAGUUAGGCUUUAUUGUGCUAUCAUUUUUCUGCUGGUGUACCAUAGCAAUGCUCCUUUUUAAUAGAGAAAUCAUAAAGUUCUUUGCGAACACCUGUUCCCCUUAGGAGAGUUAUUUUAAGAUCCUGAAUCACAGAAAAAUACCCUAAACACUUCACUACCUCAUAUUUAUUGGAAUACUUGGAAAGUUAGUGAUAUGUGCAAUCAAGCAUAGCUCAACCGCUUUAGACUUGAUGUGAACUAUUCAUUUUUUUUUUUUCUAAAUGAGAGGUCUACCCAGAGCUUUAAAUGUAUAUAACACACCACCUGCUCCAAUUCAUGCUGGAGACAAUUGCUUUUUUCCCCUGUUUCCUCCUACAUAGCCUUGGCGUAUGGCAUAAUGAGUUAAUCUAAAACGGCUACCAUGCUGGUAUAUAAUUUGAUUUUGUCUAAACAAUAGCUAUUUUCCAAUCUUUUUGGCUUCAGAUAAGCUACUUUCCAGGUGUAGAAGGAUAUCAUAUAAAAAUAAGAAAAAAUAAAUAAAUGCACAUAUAUCAUGUCUUAUGGUAUAUUGCACUAUUGUGCUCACAAAUUAAUAUUACAUUGUGUAAAAUAUCAUAACAUUUACAACCUUAAUUUGAAUAUAGUGGAUUUUAUUACUGCAGAUUUGUUUGAACACAAUAAAUAUUGCUAGUCCAGGGCAGGAUUUGAGUGUCAGGUAUCUGUAGGCACAGAAUUCUAAGGUAAAUAAAGAAGGUAUAAUGAAUUAAUUGCUGGCAUACAAAAUAUGCAUUUAUAUUUGACAGCUGCAUAUGUAUAUAUGUAUGUAUGUGCUCAUUUUUGAUUGUAAUAGAUUGUGUUUGAAUAUGUGAGUAUAGUGAGUAUAUGCAGGGUUUAAACUAAUGUUAGAAGUGGAUAGUGUAAACGAGGUUUAAGGUUAUAGAGAGGUAAGUGUCCAGAGUUAUAUUGCAUGGGGUGUUUAGUGUUAAGAGAAUUAAACACUUGAGAAAGAUGAUAUAGUUGUGGUUUAAAGUGUGCUUAGAAUUAUUGGGUUUAGGGUUAGAGUGGGAUUAAAUUUAGUACUGGGGAAAGCGGAGUGUAUAAUUUUGAAGAGAAAUUAAGAGAAAUUAAACCCAUCAUUAAAGGCAUACUGUAGACCCCAAACUGCUUUAGCUUAAUGAAUCAGUUUUUGUCUAUGUAUCAUGCCUCUGAAGUUCCACUGCUCAAUUCACUGCUGUUUAAUAACUUUUGUUUCUGUUUAAGCAGCCCUAGCACAUCUCCCCUAACUGUGACUGACACAGCCUGCAUGAAAACAAAAAUGGUUUCAUUUUCAUUUAGAUGUAACUUACUUUAAUAGUUUUUAUCUCCUGAUUUAUAAAUUGAACUUUAAUCACACACAGGAGGCUACUACAGUGUCUAUCAGGCUACAAACAUAGCAAGAGAUAAGAAUAUUAAAAUUAAACAGAAUUUGCAAUAAAGGAAGUGUAAACAUUAGAUUACUCUUUACAGGAAGUGUUUAGAAAGGCUGUGUAAAUCACGUGCAGGUGUGUCUACAGCGUUAUAAACAAAGUGAUUUAACUCCUAAAUUGCAGAAAAUUGAGCAGUGAGACUGCAGGGGCAUGAUCUAUACAUCAACACUGCUUCAGUAAGCUAUUAUUUUAAAAAACAUUUUAAAUUUUUUUGAUAUAUUGUUUUUUAUAUAAGAUAUAUUUUUUAAUGUUUUAUUAUUUUGAAAAAAAUAAUUGUAAAAGUGUAUCCAAAAAUAUUAACUCGUGUGAAAACAUUAUCCAAAAAUAUUAAACUGAGACCUAAAUUUUCUAGCAUUACAUUAUCAUUCCACAGGCAUUAGGCAGAAAUAAGAACAACUUAAAUGUAUCAAGACACAGAACCUGCAUGAGCUAUUUGGAAUUACAUGGAAGGACUUCAAAGUUGCAUCCAUCUGUAGACAAAUGUAUAUAACACCUGCAAAAAUGGAACAUUCGUACUUAAAAGUGUAAUACUGCUUUCUCACAUUGGUGUUUGAAUUUUUUUUACAUUGGAAAUAAAUAAGUGCAUAUUCAAAAGGCAUACAAUUUCAACCCUUCAUGUGCUAUCAUAGUUUUUGAAUUUUAUUAAAUGCAGCAUACAAAUUACCUGAAUUGUAUCUAAUCAAACUAAGUUUUCAUUUUAUAUAUAUAUACAGUUGCAUUCAAAAUUAUUCAACCCCCAUUGAAAAGUAGGUUUAUUGUCAAAAUUGACAGACGUUCAGCUGUUUACAAUGAACAAAUCAACUAAAAGCAUUUGAUAUAGCUCAAAGCAACAAAUGCUUGAAGUGGUUUCCCCAAAUUCAAAUGAAAAUGCAACUUACAAUCAUUUCUCCAGUAUCAAAAUUAUUCAACCACAUUCAAUCUUUAGUACUUAGUAGGGCACACUUUUGCUUUUAUGACCUGCUGCAAAUUAGGUGCGUAACCAGACACCAGCUUCUUGCAGCAUUCCUGAAGAAUCUUAGCCCAUUGCUCAUGAGCAAUAGCCUCCAGUUCAGUAAUAUUCUUAGGUUUGCAUGCUUCCAUCGCCUUCUUCAAAUACCACCAGAGAUUUCCUACGUGGUUCAAGUCAGGUGACUGUGAUGGCCACUGUAGAAUUUUCCAGGACUUCUUCUGCAACCGAGCCUUGGUGGAAUUUUAGUAUGCUUGGGAUCAAUGUCUUGUUGGAAGAUCCAAUGACGCCCAAGCUUCAGCUUCCUCACAGGUGACAUUACAUUUUCUCUUAGGAUUUCCUGAAACUUCAAUGAAUCCAUCUUGCUUUCCACACUGUUCAGGUUUCCAGGAUGCAUGCAAUCCAACGUUUUUUCUAGGAACAUUAGUGCCUUAACUAUCUUUUUGUAUUCUGUUCCUUGUUUGUGAAGGGCGAAGAUUUCUUCUCUUAACUUUUUGGAUCAUUCUUUUGACUUAGCCAUAUUUCUUUAUUUUUUAUUUUUGUGGUGCAGGUGAGUACAGAACAACGACAAGCGCUACAACAGGGUACAUGUUUACAUACUGUAUUAAACAGUGGCAUGGAAAAUCGCACACAUUUUUUGUGUUUAUAAACAGGCUUAACAUAUCCGACGUGUCUCAGAAGUGAGUAAUUAAUAAUCAAUAUUAUGGAGACAAGUGUACGGUGCAAUAGUAAAUUGAUUAAAGUAUGACAUGCAUAUAAAACGUUGAGAGUGAGAUUGUAUAGCGUGGCAUGGCAUAAGCAUGCUGAAGAAUAAUAACGUGAAUAAUAUCUGGACACAUGCAGUUAACUACGAAGAAUGUACAAGGUCUGCUAUGCUCAUUAUAUGCUUAUAAAGCAGUAGCAAUCAUGUUAGACAGACCUGUGGAGAAUCAGGAUAUAACAAGUUGGUUUCAAAAAAAGAAACCUCAGGCUGACAGUAUAACCCUUGGACACUACACUUGUUCGUGCUUAUGCAGUUAUGUAACAAAAUGAGUCAACAGAAAUAAAUGUACAGCGGUGCUGUGUUGUGCAUGCUAUGUAAAGUGUUGCUGAACAGAGGGGGUAUGUCCAUCAAUGAACAGCCAGGCUCAGCCGAUUUCCGCAGGUAACAGGAUGAUGGUACCUCUCGGAGGUAUUUGGUACAAGGAUCGGAUGCCUCUCCAGCCCCAGGCCUUGAGGAUGAGCAGCAUCUGUGUGCCACAGUCUCGGUUUCUUAGACAGUCCAAGGCUAUCUCCUGCUGAGGGUGGUCUGAGGAUCUGGGUGACAGACCCUGCUUAGCGCGGACAAUCCUCCGCAUUGGUGGAUAAUGCUGGGCUUUCAGGCUCCCUGUGGCCCUCGGCCUAGGAGAGUGAAGAACCGGAUGCACUGGUGUACUUUGGAGCUUUGCGCUACUUUGUAGGCCCCUUUGUCUCCGGCUCCUUGUUUUCCUAGGUUCUGCUCCCUUGUCCGGCUGUGGUAGUUGCCAUACGGUGCAGGAGCUUGUGCCAGUAGCAUCAGACAUGGCGGUCAAGCUGCAGUUGAAACUCUGCAACGGCGUCACUGGGAGAAUUCUGGAGAGGACUCAUGCCACAUGA